AUGAGCAUCACGGACAGCGCUCCAUCAAGCGCGCCUUUGGGCAAGCCGGCAAAGGCACCUCAACGAAACCCCAACCGCAUCCGUCGCGGGCAGAAGCUCGAUGAGAUCCUCUCGCUCUCGGAGCUGCGUUUGAACGAGUUUGCCUCAUCGUCGAGCGAGUCCACUUUCGAUCCUUCCUCCUCCUCCACCCCUUCUGCGGGAUCAAGCCCCUUCCAACUGCAAGAAUACCUCUCCCUCCUGGUCCGUCGGGACCCGCACGCGGUCGAAACCAUCACAUCCCUCCCCUCCGAGACCGACAUCUCCAUCGACGACUCCCCCUUCCAAAACGUCGACACGGAUAUCUGGGUCUACGAGCAACUUCGACGUCUUGUCCUCGACCUAACAACCCCCUGGCUGACCGCCCUGCAAACCGACUGUUCAAAGCACCUCAAACCGACCACCUGCGCAGCGAUGAACGCGGGUGACUGGAUGUACCUCUGCGCCUCGCACGGCGAAGAAAAACAGUGCUGUGCCAUCGACUACAUGGUUCACACGCUCGAUGGUGCUACCUCCCUCCUCAACUCCGCCCGCCAUUUCCCGUCUCGUACCUACGUGCCCAACACGAGUUUGCGGCAUUUCGGAUCCAUCGCACGUCGGUUGAGUCGCAUCUUUGUUCAUGCAUGGUGUUAUCAUCGCGAGGUAUUUGAUGCUUGUGAAGCCGAGACAUCUUUGUAUGCAAGGUUUCUGGUGUUGGUCGAGACGUACGAUUUGACGGCGACGGACAAUCUACCGCCGAGACCCGGGAGCGAGCCUGCCCCAACCAUCACCAGCAGCGGCACGAGCGAGUUUGACCGCGGAACACCAUUCCCGUUCAACGGCGCAACGAAGCGCGAACGAUCCGGUACGGCGGCGAUGCGAUCUUCCUUGGCACACGCGCUCGGUCAGUCGCCAUUCCAGUUGGGGCCGCAGGUGGCGAAGAAGGACGAGGUGGAUGCGAGAGAUUUGGUGCCCCCACCAGCUCCGAGUCCGCGAGCCACGGCCGUGUUGAGUCGCCCCGAGCACGAGGAGGGUGCAGAUGGUCCUGAAUGGUCCACCCUCGCUGCAAAGGAGAAGGGUGUCGCUUCCCACGAUGAUGACGACGAUGACGACGAUGAUGAUGAAGAGGACGAAGAGGAGGACGAGGACGGAGGGGACGAUCGAACGCAGAAGAUCUCGCGCGAGGACGACGAUGCGACCAUCAACCUGCGCGGCGCAACCAACGGGCUCGAGUCGGAGGAGAAGGAGAUCAUCGAGGCCGUCGCAGAAGCCGCAGAGACCGGCGAGGCUCCCGAGAAGAGCACAGAGAGCACUUGA